UUAUCAUCAUCAUCAUCAUCAUCAUCAUCAAUGGCUGCUUCACCAUCAGUCACUUCUGUUUCUUGUAACUAUCUUCCCAAGACCCACAUUCAUCAACUUUCAACCACAUUAUCUGUUGGGUCAUUGUAUCACAAACAUCAAAACAAAAAAAGCCCAGUAAAUGUAUCCAUCAAAGCUUCCAAAAGUUCCCAUCUUUCUGGCCCGGUUACAGUUUAUGAGUCAGGGUCAAAGUUCUUGCAACAGGGUAUUGGAAGUAAUCAGUCAAAGAGGGUGGUUUUGGUGAAAUCUACAGGAUCAGAUAGUAGCAUUGUUUCUAAUGUAUUGCAAACUGUAUUGGGAGUAGUGCAUCUGGCUGUUUCACUUGGGAUCAUACUGGCAGCAGAUAAGUACUUGAAACAGGCAUUUGUUGCUGCUGCAAUAAAGUUUCCGAGUGCUCUUUUCGGGAUGUUCUGUAUAUUUACUGUUCUAGUGAUUCUUGAUGUUACUAUUCCAGCAGCAGCUAAUGCUUUGGUGAACUUUUUUGAACCUGCACUCUUGUUCAUUCAAAGAUGGCUGCCUUUGUUUUAUGUCCCUUCUUUGGUUAUUUUGCCUCUUGCUGUUCAAGACAUUCCUGCAGCUUCAGGAGUCAAAAUCUGUGCUAUUUUAGUUGGAGGGUGGCUAGCUUCACUUGCAGUUGCAGGAUAUGCAGCUAUAGCUGUUAGAAAAAUGGUUAAAACAGAAAUGAUUGCUGCAGAACCAAUGGCAAAGCCUUCACCUUUUUCUUCACUAGAGGUUGCUGCAUGGAGUGUGAUUUCUGUUGCAUCAUUUGUUGCAGCUCUCAAGUACCCUGAACUGCUUGGAACUAAUGCUAGAACAUGUUUGCCAUUCUUGUUAGGAUCUACAGUGUUAGGCUACAUGAUUGGUUCCGGGUUACCAGCUGGUCUGAAGAAGGUUUUUCAUCCAAUUAUCUGCUGUGCACUAGCAGCAGAUCUUGCUGCAUUUGCUUUUGGAUAUCUUUCGAAAUCUGGACUUUAUCCAAUUCUGGGGUAUUACCUUACAAAAGUCUCGUCCAACCCUGGAGCCGGUGACAUUUUAAUGGGGUUUCUCGGAUCUGUUAUCCUCUCUUUUGCUUUCUCAAUGUUCAAACAAAGAAAGCUUGUUAAGCGUCAUGCAGCUGAGAUCUUCACAUCUAUCACCAUAGCAACUUUAUUCUCUUUGUACUCGACUGCAGUUUUGGGCCGGCUUGUUGGGUUAGAACCAACGUUAACCAUAUCAAUUCUACCAAGAUGUAUUACUGUAGCACUUGCUCUCAGCAUUGUGUCUCUUUUUGAAGGCGCCAAUUCAUCACUAACUGCUGCUGCUGUUGUAUUGACUGGUCUUAUUGGAGCGAACUUCGUACAAGCGGUUCUUGAUAAACUUAAAUUUGAUGAUCCCAUUGCUCGUGGAAUAGCAACUGCGUCUAGUGCACAUGGAUUGGGAACAGCAGCAUUAUCAGCAAAAGAGCCAGAAGCCCUGCCUUUUUGUGCAAUUGCGUACGGUCUAACAGGUAUUUUUGGUUCACUAGUCUGUUCAGUUCCCCUUGUCCGACAGAGCUUGCUUGCUAUCGUUGGCUGAAAAGAAAAGAAAUUUCCCAUGUAUAUUAGUUCUUCAAUUUCUGUAAAUGUGUACUAUGUAUUGCAUUUUCGGCCCAAAUUACUUGAGAUAUGGUUUCAUUCAUUUUUUCCUCAUAUAUUUAUCAAAGUAAAUAAGAAUUUGCAUUUCUUCUAGA